AUGGCGGAUUCCUAUACCUGCAAAGGUGGAAGGAAAACUGGAGGCUCUAACAAACCCGCUGCCAGCAAAGAAAGCAGGACAGAGACAAGGAUAAACUCGCCGGCGGAGCUGCCCAAGCUCGGAAAUGCGACCAGUGACAAAACCGAAGGCAGGAAGAAAGGACGACCUAAGGCCGAGAACCAGGCACUGAAAGACAUCCCUCUCCCCCUGAUGAACCAGUGGAAGGAUGAGUUCAAAGCCCACUCCAGGGUGAAAUGUCCCAAUUCAGGCUGUUGGCUGGAGUUCCCCAGCAUUUAUGGCUUGAAGUACCACUAUCAGCGCUGCCNNNAGGGUGCGAUCUCAGAGAAGCUGACGUAUUCGUGCUCGUACUGCGAAGCUGCCUUCACCUCCAAAACCCAGCUAGAAAAGCAUCGGCUCUGGAAUCACUUGGACCGGCCAGUGCCAACCAGCAAAGCAGAAAACAAAGUGCCGAAGGCCAUUGGUUGGAAAGAAAAGGUACGAGCUGCUGAGAGUUCAGCUUGCCCCACCAUCCAUCCCAAACAGGCAAAGACGGAAAAAGCCGUGGCAGCCCAGGACCGCGCCGAGAACGGCGAGGGGCCGUCCUCGAGUGGCAAGGAUGCUGUGCAGCAGGCGGGCAGCCAGGCCUCGCUGCAAGAGGAAGACCCCGAGAGGAUGAAGCACAGAAGGAAACAGAAAACUCCUAAGAAGUUUACGGGGGAGCAGCCAUCCAUCUCGGGGACGUUUGGACUGAAAGGUCUUGUCAAAGCAGAGGACAAGGCGAAAGCCCAUCGAGCCAAGAAGUUGGAGGGGAACACCAGCAUGGAGGAGCUGAAAAAGAAACCGCCAGGAGUUAGUGUGAAGAAGGAAACGGCUGUGCAUCUACCAACAGCUUCGCCACCAAACCCCGAGGACCAGUGGCAGCGGGAGAUCAGUGAGAAGGGAGAAGUCUCUUGCCCAACCUGCAGCGUUAUAACCAGGAAAACUGUUGUGGGCCUCAAAAAGCACAUGGACGUCUGCCAGAAACUGCAGGAUGCCCUGAAGUGUCAGCACUGCAAAAAGCAGUUCAAGUCCAAAGCUGGGCUGAAUUACCACACCAUGGCUGAACACGUCAGCAAGCCUGUUCCUGUGGAAACCACUGGACUUGGUGAACAGGAAGAGCAGGAAAGGCUGAGGAAAGUGCUAAAGCAGAUGGGAAAACUGAAAUGCCCCAAUGAG